CGCAGCGGGGACGCCGCGGCGGGGCAGCCGGGAGGGGCCGCGCCGCCCCUGAGAGUCAUUGGAGGACCCGGUGGCCCAAAGCUGAUAAAUAAGGGCCCGGCCCGAGGCUUCGGGCCAAGUUGGACGUCGCGACCCGAGCGAGGGCCAGGUCAGCGCCGGUCCCACGAGGCGAAGCCAAGUGACCCGCGUUCGGCCAUGGCCUCGCUACUGGGAGCCUACCCGUGGACCGAAGGGCUGGAGUGUCCCGCCCUGGAAGCCGAGCUGUCGGAUGGGCUGUCGCCUCCCGCCGUCCCCCGACCUCCAGGGGACAAGGGUUCGGAAAGCCGGAUCCGGCGGCCCAUGAAUGCCUUCAUGGUGUGGGCCAAGGACGAGAGGAAACGCCUGGCGGUGCAGAACCCAGACCUGCACAACGCGGAGCUCAGCAAGAUGCUGGGCAAGUCGUGGAAGGCGCUGACGCUGUCGCAGAAGAGGCCCUAUGUGGAUGAGGCAGAGCGGUUGCGCCUCCAGCACAUGCAGGACUAUCCCAACUACAAGUACCGGCCCCGCCGAAAGAAACAAGGCAAGCGCCUGUGCAAGCGCGUGGACCCUGGCUUCCUCCUGAGCUCCCUCUCGCGCGACCAGAACACGCUGCCUGAGAAAAGUGGUGUUGUCCGGGGUGCACUGGGAGAGAAGGAGGACAGGGGUGAGUACUCCCCAGGUGCUGCCCUGCCUGGACUACACAGCUGCUACCAUGAAGGUGCAGCGGGGGCCCCUGGCAGUGUGGACACAUAUCCCUAUGGGCUGCCCACGCCCCCCGAGAUGUCGCCCCUGGACGCGCUGGAGCCUGAGCAGACCUUCUUCUCAUCUUCGUGUCAGGAGGAACAUGGCCACGCCCACCGCCUCCCUCACCUCCCAGGGCCCCCUUACUCCCCAGAGUUCACGCCUAGUCCCCUCCACUGCAGCCAUCCUCUAGGUUCUUUGACCCUCGGCCAAUCCCCAGGGGUUUCUAUGAUGUCCACCGUUCCCGGCUGCCCCCCAUCGCCAGCCUACUAUUCCCCUGCCACCUACCACCCUCUUCACCCCAACCUCCAGCAGGCCCACUUGGGCCAGCUCUCCCCACCUCCUGAGCACCCUGGCUUUGACACCCUGGAUCAACUAAGCCAGGUGGAACUUCUGGGGGACAUGGAUCGCAAUGAAUUUGACCAGUAUUUGAACACUCCCGGCCACCCUGACUCUGCUGCAGGGGCUGGGACCCUCAGUGGGCAUGCCCCACUCUCCCAGGGGACUGCAACAGGCCCCACCGAGACCAGCCUCAUCUCCGUCCUGGCUGAUGCCACAGCCACAUACUACAACAGCUACAGCGUGUCAUAGAGCCAGAGGCACGGAGCCUGGCCCAGCCCUGCCGUCCUCUCCUCCCUCUGAAGCACUGAGCAGAGCAGAAACUGUAAUGUCACCGUCCCUCGGUGGCAGGAGGUCAGAACUGCCGUCCCGGACCCUCCAGUCUGAAGCCAGGAUCCAGCGCGCCCCUUCUGUCCCUUCAAAUGUGUCUCGUGGGCUUCACCCCGGAAGCACAGCCUUGAGGGGCUGUGUGCGGUAGGACUUCCUGGCCACUCUUGCGUCUCCCCAAUCAGUGUAGCUGAUGCAUUGGGAGCAUUGGAGUGCAUUGGAGCUCCUGCUUUUGAUGUAGCCACUUCUGAUCUGUGGUGCUCCCAGUGAGAAGGACCCUGGGCCUGGGGUCCAUCUCAGUUCAGUCUCUGACUGGCAAAACCCCGUUCUGGCGUGACUAGCCUUAACUGUUCUCUCCUGUAAAGUGGGCCUUGACUAUCCAGCCUGCUCUAUGGAUCUCUGAGUUACAUAUGUAUGGCUCUCUCAAGGCCAAGGAAAGUGUGAUCCCAGUAAUGGGCAGCCUCAUGGGUCCAAUGGCCCAGGUUUUCUGCUUUCUUAUUUUCUGGUCCACAGUUACCCUAGAAUUUCUCCUCCAGCUGAGAAAAAUAUUUACCCUUGGGCCGGCAAGAUGGCUCAGGAUGGCUCAGUGGGCAAAAGUGCCUGCUGCCAAACUUGACCUACAUUCUAUCCCUGGAACCUACAUGGUGGAAGGAGAGAACUGACUCGUGAAGUUGUAUUCUGACCUCCGUGUGCAUGCCAUGGCACAUGUGCCCUCGAAUUAUAUGUGUACUUGAGCAUGCCCACAUGCAUACACACACACAUACCAAAUGUAAAUUGUUUUUUGAUUGUUUGUUUGUUUUUUAAAGAAAACAUGCACCUUUGUUCGGGAAAUUAAUGAAUAUGUUCAGCUGUAUCACUGAAAGCAAAAUUGGAUUCAAAGUUUCUUUUUUGUUUUGUUUUGUUUUUCUCUUCUGAGACAGGGUUUCUCUGUGUAGCCCUGGCUGUCUUUGAAUU